AUACCUGUAGAAGAACCCACAGUUCACAAGAGGGUUCACAAUAUACUGAAAGUCUUGACACAAUUCUCUCUGUUUCUCUCUUAAUCAAAUUGAAAACCGAAGGAAGCAAAAUGUUAAGAGUUUCUCAUCUGACACCAAUAGCGCCUCCAGCUCUCAGUGCUCUUAGACUAUCUCUGAGCCCCACUCUCAACCUCCUUUCUCCUUCCAACGUUCACAAAGUCUCUACUUUUGCACAUUCUCAGACUUCUCUCUCCCUAAUCUUCAGACCCAGUUCCCUACAUUCCCCUUCUUUGAGCGUGAAGUGGGUUCUGCAGCGUAUGGUUGGCAAUCCAUGUCCCAAGGGUACAGCUUCGUUUAGUGCUGAAAGUAGCUCUCGAGAUGGAAGGGAAAUAUUGGUGCAGCACUUGCUUGUUAAAGAAGACAACCUUAAGCUUCUUGUAGAUCUCCAGCAGAGAGUUUCAGGAGGUGAAGACCUCAGUGAUCUUGCUGCGGAAUACUCGAUAUGUCCAUCCAAACAAGAGGGGGGAAUGCUUGGCUGGGUGAGAAAGGGGCAAAUGGUACCUGAGUUCGAGGAGGCUGCAUUUAAUGCAUCUUUGAAUAAAGUUGUAAGGUGCAAAACAAAAUUUGGGUGGCAUUUACUGCAAGUACUGUCAGAGAGGGAAGAAUCAGUACUCCAAGACAUUCAACCUGAGGAGCUUCAUGUGAAAAUGCAAGAUCCCAGUUUCCUAGAUGAGGCCCAGUUGAUUGAUGUUCGAGAACCCGAAGAAGUGGCGCAAGCUUCUUUGCUGGGUUUCCAGGUUCUUCCCCUUCGAAAAUUUGGAAGCUGGGGACCUGAAAUAACUACGAAGUUUAAUCCUCAAAAGGAUACUUAUGUUAUGGUAGUGUCACCAUGGCGUCCGAUCAUUACAAGUUGCCAAGUGGUUGCAGACACAGGGGUUUAAGAGAGUAUUCAAUAUUUCUGGUGGAAUUCAUGACUAUGCUCAAAGGGUUGAUCCAACAAUUCCUACUUAUUGAGAUCUAUGAGACAAUUUUACAAAACAGAAUUAUUUUUUUCUUUAUACAGCAAGUGGUUUCAUAUUAUCUUUUAUCCCCUUUACCGUCCUAAAAGACAAUGCAGAUGCUGAUUCAAAUUGUUUGAGGAAAUGAAAUUUACUUCAUCCUCUCUGCUCCUCCCACUGUCUUCUUCAUCCGAAUGGUUUCAUAUUUUUGUUCUUGGAAA